UUCACGUGCCUCGUUCCAGCUGCAAAUUAUUAUUUAAUUCACUUCAUGGGCCGACACUGCCCCAUCUCCACCUCAUAAUGGCUUUGGUGGGUGGGAUUUAAGUGACCAAACACAAUCUUGAUUCACUCAAAACAUUGUAAUGUUUUGCUUUGAUGGUCAUGCCAAUGGCCUCUUCCGACACCACCAUCAUCAAGACCUUCUUCUUCCUUUUUGCCAUCUUCUCUUUACUGGGUAAUUACCUGAACCAAUCUUCUCCACUUGAUUCGUCUCUGAAAGCCAGCAAGCCCUUGCCAGUAGAAACCAUCUUCAAGCUUCCUUCCCCACUCCCCACAUGGCCACCAGGUGAAGGCUUUGCAAGUGGAACCAUCGGUUUGGGCGGAUUGGAGGUGUGCCAAAUCUCAUCUUUCACCAAAACUUGGGCAACCCAUGAAGGCGGACCAGAAGACCUCGGCGCCACAUUCUUCGAGCCAGCCUCUCUGCCCGAUGGAUUCUCCAUGCUCGGAUCCUACGCCCAACCCAACAACAGGCCGCUAUUUGGAUGGGUUCUGGCAGCAAGAGAUCUCACAGCCGGAGCUCUGAAGCAGCCAGUCGACUAUACUCUAGUUUGGAGCAGCAACUCUUCAAAGAUCAAGCAAGACGGCAAUGGCUACAUAUGGCUACCAAAGCCACCGGAUGGGUACAAGGCCGUCGGCCAUCUUGUCACGAGCUCGCCGGAGAAGCCGCCUCUAGACAAAGUCCGGUGCGUUCGGUCCGACUUCGCUGAUGUUUGUGAAACCGAUGGGUGGAUCUGGGGACGAGAUAAGUUCGACGUAUAUGGUCUCCAGCCAAGCAGUAGAGGAAUUCAGGCGCAAGGGUUUUCUGCGGGAACAUUCACAGCUCAAACUGGGUCCAUUUCCUGCUUGAAGAACGCCAAGGGGAGUUCAUCUUCAAUGCCCAAUCUAAACCAAAUUCGAGCCUUGAUCCAAGCUUACUCUCCAUGGAUUUACUUUCACCCUGAUGAACAGUACCUACCCUCUUCAGUGAGCUGGUUCUUAAAAAAUGGGGCUUUGUUGUACAAGAAAGGGGAAGAAUUCAAGCCUGUUUCAAUUGACCCACUUGGCUCGGACCUCCCCUUAAAUGGAUCAAGCGAUGGGGCGUAUUGGUUGGACCUUCCGGCGGACCCAGCGGCCAAGGAACAGGUCAAGAAAGGGAAUUUACAAGAUGCAGGAGUCUACUUACAUGUGAAGCCGAUGCUUGGAGCCACGUUCACCGACGUUGCGAUAUGGGUGUUCUACCCUUUCAACGGGGCGGCAAAGGCCAAGGUUAAGUUCAUCAAUGUUUCACUGGGGAAAAUCGGCGAACAUGUGGGGGACUGGGAGCAUGUCACAUUGAGAGUGAGCAAUUUCGACGGCGAGCUGAAGAGCGUCUAUUUCUCGCAGCACAACGGCGGGAUGUGGCUGAGCGCAUCUGAGCUCGAAUUCCAAGGCGGUAACAAGCCGGUGACUUAUGCGGCCCUGCACAGCCACGCUAUAUGCCCGAGGACGGGGGUUGUGGUGCUGGGGAACGGCGGGGUUGGGGUGAGGAUGGAGGCCGGCAGGGGAAAUUUGGUGAUGGACACGGCGGCGAGGUUUGUGGCGGUGGGGGCGGAGCAGUUGGGGUCGGCGGUGGUUGAACCGCCAUGGUUGAACUAUGCGGGAGAGUGGGGUCCGAAGAUCAGCUACGACAUCGCGGAGGAGACCGAGAAGGUGGAGAAACUGUUGCCGGGAUUGCUGAAAGCGACGCUGAGGAAGAUGAUAUCGAGCCUUCCGGCUGAAGUGUUGGGGGAGCAAGGGCCUACUGGUCCCAAAUGGAAAGAUAACUGGAUUGGAGAUGAGAGAUGAUGAAGAAUCUUUCUUUCUUUUCUUCCUUUUCAACUUUUGCGGUGAAAUAUUAUUAUUAUUAUUCACACAGCACGAGAUAGAUAAGAGGUCAGUUGAGUCAUUUCAACUUUUCCUGUUCUUGUGGUUGUGGGCUCCCUCCCUUCCUCCCUCCCUUGUCAUCAGUUUGCGGCAGCCAUGUAAAAGUAUUUCUUUCUUUCUGUAACCCUUUUCUAACGCUCAUAAAUAUAUAAAUCAAAUCAAAUGCCCAUAGUUUGAUUUAAAUUAAAUAU